AUGUUCCUUAUAACGCCAGGUAUUUCAUUCGUGAAGAAGGUAUUCGAUAUUUCCUACUUCUUGCUACGGAUAUGGAUUCUUUUUAAACAAAACAAUAUAUCCUUCCCUCGUUCGCUCCACCCAGCUCUCCAUUUUCUUUUUGAUUCUUCCUUCCUUCUCACCUCUUUCACUCAUUUCCUUCUUUGUGGUUGUCUUUCUAUUCUUCUCUACCUUCCUACUUCACACCCCGCGUCCUUUUUUUCUCUCUCUAUUCUUCUUCCCUUCCUUUCCCCUUCACGUCCUCCCUUCUUUAUCCCUCUCUAUUAUUCCCUUCCUAACUUCUUCACUUUUCUCUCUCUCUCACCCCUCUUCACGCCCUCCUUUCUUUCUCUUUAUUCUUCCCUUCCUUCCUUCCUUUUCCACGCACUUCUUUCUCUCUAUUCCUCACGCCCUUCUUUCUUUCUAUUCUUCCCUUCAUUCCUUCCUUCUUCACGCCAUCCUUUCUUUCUCUCUUCUUCCCUUUCUUCCUUUCCUUUCCCUUUCUUCCCUUUCUUCCUUCUUCGCGCCAUCCUUUCUUUCUCUCUAUUCUUCCCUUUCUUCCUUCUUCGCGCCAUCCUUUCUUUCUCUCUAUUCUUCCCUUUCUUCCUUCUUCGCGCCAUCCUUUCUUUCUCUCUACUCUUCCCUUUCUUCCUUCUUCGCGCCAUCCUUUCUUUCUCUCUACUCUUCCCUUUCUUCCUUCUUCACGCCAUCCUUUCUUUCUCUCUACUCUUCCCUUCCUCCUUUCUUUUCUUCUUUCCCGCCUUCCUUCUUUUCUUUCUCUCUAUUCUUCCCUUUCUUCCUUCUUCACGCCCUUCUUUCUUUCUCUCUAUUCUUCCCUUUCUUCCUUCUUCACGCCCUUCUUUCUUUCUCUCUACUCUUCCCUUUCUUCCUUCUUCACGCCCUUCUUUCUUUCUCUCUAUUCUUCCCUUUCUUCCUUCUUCACGCCCUUCUUUCUUUCUAUUCUUCCCUUUCUUCCUUCUUCCGCCCUUCUUUCUUUCUCUCUAUUCUUCCCUUCCUUCUUCCUUCUUUCUUUCCAUUUCCUUUCUUUUCUCUAUUUUUCUCUUUUUCCUUUCUUCCUUCUUCACGCCAUUCUUUCUUUCUCUCUACUCUCCCCUUUCUCCAUUCUUCACGCCCUCCUUUCUUUCUUUAUCUCUCUCUUUUCUCCUUCGUUCGUUCGUCCCUUCCUUCCUCGCACCAUCCCGGCUUCAUCUUUCUAUUCUUCCUCCCUUCCUCUCUUAUUCAUGCACUCCCUCUUUCAUCUCUUUCUUUCUAACGCACCCUUCCUUUCUAUCCUUACCCUCUUUCAAUUCUCCUUUCCAUUGGCCUCCUUUCUACAUAAUUCUUUUCUUUCAAAUCCCCCACUAG